CCGCCGCCGCCGCGAGUGCAGCAGAGCCGGCGAGGAGGACUCGAGGGAGGCAGUGGCUUCCGCGACAACCGGAGAGGCUUAAAUAUCCUGUACCCAGAAGGCUAACAUGCUGCCAGAAAAAGACCCUAAAAGGCAAGGGGAGAAAGACCCCAAAGAAGAUCCAUCAGUUGCUCUCUUCCGGGAAUAUCUGAGAAUCAAAACUGUUCAGCCUGAGCCUGAUUAUGACACAGCAAUAAAAUUCCUGGAGAGAAUAGCUUCUGAGCUUAGCCUACAGUGUCAGAAAGUAGAGGUCUGCCCUGGCCGUGUGAUCACUAUUCUGACCUGGAAAGGCACAAACCCACAGCUCCGCUCCAUCUUGCUGAAUUCCCAUACAGAUGUUGUGCCAGUGUUUGAGGAAUACUGGGACCAUGAUCCCUUUUCAGCCUUCAAGGACGCUGAGGGAAACAUCUAUGCACGUGGAGCCCAAGAUAUGAAAUGUGUCUCUAUCCAGUACAUAGAGGCUAUCCGGAGACUGAAAGCCGAAGGGAGACACUUUCCACGAACAAUUCAUAUGAGCUUUGUUCCAGAUGAAGAGAUUGGGGGCCACAAGGGGAUGGAAAUGUUUGUGAAGAGACCUGAGUUUGCCACACUUAAUGUUGGCUUUGCUUUGGAUGAAGGUCUGGCAAAUCCAACAGACACAUUCACUGUAUUCUAUGGCGAGAAAUGUCCGUGGUGGAUAAAAGUGAAGGUAGAAGGGAAUCCAGGACAUGGAUCUAGAUUCAUUGAAAACACCGCUGCUGAAAAGAUGCACAGGGUGAUCACUUCCUUCCUGGAGUUCCGAGAACGUGAAAAGCAAAGGUUAAAAUCAGAGAAGCACCUUACUUUAGGUGAUGUAACCUCUCUCAACCUGACCAUGUUGAAUGGGGGAAUCUCCUUCAAUGUGGUCCCUUCUGAGAUGUCUGCUGCCUUUGACAUCCGCAUCCCACCUACAGUGGAUUUAAAGGCAUUUGAGGAACAGCUCACAGCCUGGUGCCGGGCAGCUGGGGAAGGUGUUACCUAUGAAUUCCACCAGAAAUACAUGGAUCAGUCGGUGACCUCCACAGAGGAAUCUGACCCUUGGUGGAAAGCGUUCAGUGGCACCUGCAGGGACAUGAACAUGAAGCUGAAGUGCGAGAUCUUCCCUGCUGCCACAGAUAGCCGCUAUAUCAGAGCAGCAGGUCAUCCAGCGAUUGGCUUCUCCCCCAUGAACCAUACACCUGUACUGCUGCACGACCACAAUGAGUUCCUAAAUGAACAGGUCUUCCUUCGUGGGAUUGACAUCUAUGCCCACCUCAUUCCUGCACUGGCCAGUGUCCUCCCACUGCAAGCAGAAGCUUGAGAGUUUUAGAAGCAGAUAGCAACAGUCUGAGGGAGAGAGAGACCAGAAGGAGGGACGGGAGCUGGAAAACUCUGUAGUUUCCUGUUGUGAUCCAGAGCCCUGCUAGGACACAAGCCUGAGAUGUUGUGAUUGAGGGCUGAUGGUUUGUUGUGAUCUGUUGGUACAGCAAGACAGCUACGGGAUGCCAGCAUAUCCCUGAAUGGUAGGUACGCAAGAGGCAAGCCAUGCUACAAGCAAAAACAUAUACAAACACAACUAAAGCAGGGUUCUCUAGGUGUCAGUGACUGUUGACCUGCUCCUUACUGAAGCUCUUGAAGAUCUUUGUCUCCACCAUCCCUGUAGGAAGACCACAGCUCCCGGUCUCUGUUAUCUCUCUCUCCUUAUUUUAAGAGGACAAAAGGAUUAUCUUCAUGGCUCUUCAGUCACCCAGUGUGAAGGAUGAAGGUGCUCAUCACUGAGGCUUCUUGGGAUGUGCGACAAAGUGUUAUUGCCUGAUACUUAGCCCCUUCCAUGCUGCUCACCCCUUUCUCUAGUGCUGCAUCUUUCUGCAAUAGGAUCCCCAUAGGAAAGAACACCCCUUGCCCACCUACCAAACAUAAGGGCAAACCAACUGGAGAAGCAGCAGAAGUUCUAACCUUUAAGCAUCACUGAGCUUCCCUUAGCAGUUUGCCUCUUUUGGGGCUGCUCUUAAUUCCUGGCUGCUUUGUUGGCUAUCUCUUAUGAAACAUACCUUGUUCUAAUGUUUCCGAACAAUUCCAGGCUCCAUGAAGUCUAAAUUCACUUUUGCCGCCACAUGUUGUGUUACACCAGGCAAAUCACCUCCUCUUUGUAUUUCAUGUUACCCAUUCAUAGAGGGGUCCCUGGUCCUUUGCCACAUGAAAGCUUCCAGUGAAAGUGCUGAUUCUGAAGAAAAGAUAACAGAACAUAAGAUAUCGAGUAUGACAAAGGAGGCAGGUUUGGUGGGGGACAUCGCAAAUAAGUUGCUCUUACUGGGAACCAGCCUCCCCAACCCCCAGUGAAAUGGUGUCACCAUGAAUUUUCACUCGUUGGGAUUCAACACCAAGGUGUUAGCCGCAGCAUGCUGCCUUAAUUAUCUGUUGGACUGAAGACUUAACAAAGCAAAGUUGAUGAAACGUAAGAGCAGAGUGAAAGCGACUUGGCUGAUGGGGUGGCCAUCUCUCCCCCUGCAAGAAUGCCUGUGGGAAUAAUGCUACCACAUGAUAUUACAUUAUCCCCCUGGGGGCAUUGUGUCCCAAAUUAUGAUGGGCCACCACUAGGUUGCUAAGAGCAUCCAGCCAAUACAGCUUUAAAAGGAGAAAGCUUUCAUGGUAGUCUCCCUCAAGUUUUUAGAAUUCAUCUGCUCCCUGAAAGUUGCUGAUAACCUCCUUUUCAAAUAGAACAAAUGAUCCUGCAAAAGGAUUCUGGCCAGCUUUAGAUUGCUAGUUUGGACAGGUAAAUGAGGCUGCCCUUCAGAAUUUUGAAAUUGUACCUCUCUAGAAGCUGAAUAACUUACCUUUUCAUUUAUAUAUAAUAGCACUCAGCUGACAUGGAUGUAGGUUUGUCUACAUCAACAUACCUGUGCUGAAUAUUGCUUUGUUGUUCAGGAGCGCACUGAUGAUCCUCUUGAUUAAGUUUAGCCAGAAAAGACAAGCAGCAGCUUCCUGUUUGAAAUCCAGCAAGGGCAGCUGCUUUGGAAUUUGAGGUGCCACAUCUCAUCUAACUCAAAUGGUACUUACCAUGGUGUUGCCUGCAUAUGGAUUGAAAAGCCAUAGUUGCUGGCAUGGACUUUUGUGUGCCUUUAGUCAGUUCUGCUCCCUGUAUUGCAGAUGCGCAUCUCAAGAGGAGACACUCCUGAUGGGGAAGGAGAGGUGUGGUUGUGGCACAUGGUUCACAUGGAUAAAUUCUGUCCUCUUUGGUACAAGGAUAGCAUGCAAGGUUUAUGAACUAAGCCAUUUUGGAAUCUUUAACUUCAGAGGAUGCAUUAAACCAGCAAUAUCUCUUUACACAAGUCCCACUAAACAUCCUGGUGAUUUGUGCUGAUACUGUAUAUCUCCCUGUUACAGAGCAAGCUCACCUUUUCACAGGUAGAACCCCCAGAUCUGCUUAGCUUUCAGCAUGUGGCACAAACCUCUAACUUCUAUACAUACUCAGCAGAUAUGUCCUAAAGCCCAAUAAAUAUCUAAAGUUGUAAGGCAUGAACAUGAAGAUAACCCAGUCACUUCAUCCUAAAUGUUUCCAUCUUCUCUUGUGGACUGGUUUGUAGGUUUAAUGACAAACCCUGGUCUUCUAGGCUUAUGUUCUCUGAUCUGCUUGCUGUCUGUCUACUCAGGCUUCACAAUGUGAUAAAACUUACCACUCUAUCUAGUGUCAAAAGGACACAAAAUGUGCAAACAUUAUUUUAAGAGAAAAAUAUAAUUAAGAUAUUAAAAUAUAUUCAGAUUUUCCAGACUGAAAA